ACACUGCUGAGAUUCCUCGAAGAGCAGCGCUUCGCCAAGAGCAUUUUCAGGGAGUUGCCGAAAUUCUUCGACCAGACACACUUCGAGAAGAAGGGCGAAGGGCCGAUGGCAGCGUUUUGUACGGCGAUGGAGGUGGCGAAGCGCAAUCUCGAGGAAGUGGACCCAGACGCGAAGAUCAGUGCGAACGAGCUAGGGUACCACACGCUGAAGGGAAGCGGACUGGACAAGGACGAGCGCCAUCUAGUGAUAGCACGGGCAGACGAGACCUUCAACUUCCAGAAGAUUGGCGCGACGCUGAAGAACCUCUUCCCACGAGGUGGAGGUCGGCGCUGGGAUCGUCGGGGAUCGCGAACGAGCUGGCGAUGGGCGAACUACAACGACGGCGAGCGCGACCCGGACGACGAGGACCAGAACGUCGAGCACGACGGGUACUGGGUCCAGGAUGGCGACGACGGCUGGGGCAGCAGCGACCUGUUCUACAUCGAGGACGACGCCGACGUCUACCUCGCGAGCGAGGGCGACGAGCACCAGCAGGCCCUCGUCACGCCGCGCGAGAGCAGGCUCCAGAUGAACAAGAUCCGGGCGGCUCGAGGCCUCUUCAAGGGACGAAUCGACGGAGUCGUAGACGAGAGCGCGGCGGCCGGUGGCAAGGCCGCCGGGAAAGGUGGCAAAGGCAGCAAGGGCAAGGACGGCGGCAAAGGCAAGUCCAAGGACAAGAGGUGCACCAAUUGCGGCAGGAUGGGCCGCGCUGCACCGGACUUCCCGACGCAGCGACCCCCGAGGCCGGCAGGCAAAGGCUUCAAGGGCCGCGGCAAGACCUCCAAGGCUCAAUCUCGUCCACGACGGCUGGGUUUCUGGGCGACGACCGCGCUGGUGUGCGUCAUGCCGGACAUGUUCCACCAGAAGGGCGCCCAGAGCCCGAGGCUCGUGACGGGGAAGUUCCAGGGGCCGGCCGAGCACGACGUCAUGAUUGUCAACGUGGAGCGACCCGAUCUUACCGGGCGCGGCUGGCUGGAUAAGAUUGCGGCGGAGCUCGAGAAGUACGGUCUGAAGCCCAUCAUCGUCGAGGCGAGCCAGGAGUACUUCGAGAUCCCCGGCGACAUGAUUGGCCUGGCGAGCAAGAAGAACCUGGCGGAUUGGAUGGCGAACCUCUACCUGCGCGAGGACGGCCAGUGGGCCGAUUUCCAGGAGCUCGGGGUGUACGACAAGGAGCUCGUGAAGCUCCCAGGCGGCCGCGCGGGCAUCGACAUUUUCGAUUACGACCUGGAGUCGUACGAGACGGAGCCCCUCUUCGAGAAGUUCCGCAUCAACGUCGAGAACGUCGAGCUGGAGGUUUUCCUGGUCGCGGAGACGCUGCAGGUGUCCAAGCCAGAUUUCAAGGUCAAGGACGACGCCGAUCGGUGGGCCCAGGAGGCCGCGAAGAACGGUAACAAGGGGAUCUUCAAGAACGGUGCGCUCAAGCGGAUCGACAAGCUCAUGAGGGAGUAUGCGGCCAUCUUCCACGUGCUGCGCGACAACAACGAGACGUUUCUCUUGGAGUUGUUCGCGAAGGAGGCGCGCUUUACCCAUGUAGCUUCGAAGGGUGGUCACGCGAAUGCGACCCCCUCGGGCCUGUCAGUUGGCGUGAACUUCAACGAUCCUCAGACGCGAUCAGAUUUCCUGUUUUUGAUUAGGGCCUUCAAGCCCUGGAUGUUUUCGGUCGCAUUCCCGUGUGCCGCCCACGGGAGCAUGCAAGAGUUACAGCGUGCUCAGGGCAUGGGCGACCGGGUGGGCAACCUCGUCCAGGAGCUUCGGCCGCUGAUUGACUUUUCGGCGGAGGUGCUCAAGCUUCAGGCUGAAGGAGGACGGCUCGGCAUCGGCGAGAAUCCCCCCACCAGCUGGGCGCGGCGGGAAGUUCCGAUCGUGGACCUGCUGAGCUGGCGCGGGAACAUGCCGCCACUCUACGAGACGGUCGCGCUGCACCAGUGCAUGUACGGGCUCGUAGACAACUGCGGCGACCCGAUUCGCAAGCCGACAUGCGUGAUGGUGCCCGGCGGUUCGCGUUUCCCUGGGUGGCUCGAGCGCAGGUGCGACGGGGGCCACAUGCGCGCCGACAUGGUCGGGCGGAGCCCGGCACUGGCACAAGCGGGCGCCUGGCCGGACGACCCGGGCAAGGAGAUGGGCAUCGGGGGCGGCGCGGCGAGGUCCCCGAGCAAGCAGAUCGUGAACGCAGUGGCGAAGGCGUUCAAGCUGAGGAAAGACCUGAUCGACGUGCGCGCGCUGACGGGCGUAUUGGCAGACUACAGCGACGCCUGCGCGGGCGGCCCGGGGUUCGCGACGAUCAACGUGGCCAAGCGCUUCCCCACUGACGCGGUGAUCGCAGUCUACGCGAAGGAGCCGAAGGGCAGACGUCCUUCCCUGCGACGGUGCAUGUCUACGGGAGCCAGCCCGAGACUUUUGCCCCAUAUGAUCGCGAAGCUGACGCGGCACAUCGAGACCUACAACGCGAGGCUGGGCUGCAGCGUGUGCGAGGAGCUCGGCAGGCCCACUGCGGCGAGAAGCUCGAACCUGAAUCUCUCGACGGAAUUCAACGAGAACGUGUUCUUCGACGAGGCCGAGGUGAUGCUUGCAGAUGGGGCCCGACUGAUGGUCAUGGUGAUCUUGGACGGCGCGUCGGGCUUCCAGGCCGGUCCCAGCAGAGCGCCCCAGCUCAAGGGUCGAGUGGGGCGCGCGAUCGAUUUCUUCAAGGAUCAUUUCCAGCGCUUGAACCGCGACGUGCAGCUCGCCAAGAACGACGAUCCGCGUGUCUGGACAUCGGUGAUAGCGAGUACGUGCAACAACCACAUUCGGCGGAACGGCUCCACCCCCUACCAAUAUGUAUUGGGCCGGUCGCCUGGCAUUCCGGCUUCGCUGAUCGAGGCGAUGGAGGGCGACCAGAGGCAGCUGGCAUCACAGAGCGCGGCUCUCUUCGAGGAGGGCCCGAGCAGAGCAGAGCAGAUGCGUGCAGCGGCGAACCAGGCGUUCUUCGAGCUGGACGGCGACGACGCCGUCAGGCGGGCCAUGGUUGCUGGUGUUCUACUGGCGCGAGGUAAGCACGUGAAGUCGAAGAGGCUCCAGGGCGAGCGCGGCUGGCGUGGGCCAGCGAUCGUGUUGGCGACCGAAGGCCACGCGAGGCUGCGCCUCAGCUACCGCGGGGUGCCGGUGCUCGCGGCGCCGGGGCAGGUGCGGCACGCCUCCCGGAGCGAUGCGGAUAUGGUGGAGAACGAGGACUUGGUCAGGCAGCUCUCUCACUGGCGUGGAGGACCUAUUUUCCAGAAGGGUUUCAUUGAUGAGCGUGGACCUGGGCCAGACGGGAGCGACGAGACCGGCGUGCGCCGCGAGAGGGACGAGAAGGACUCGGACCACGAGGACGGUGUGAUCGACGCGAGGAGGACGUGCCUGCACCUGGAGACCUACCUGAAGUACCACCACUACCAGGUGGAGGACCAGUUCCUCCAGAAGAAGCUACAGACCCACCUGCUGCGGCAGCUGGGCAGGGGCACUCCAUGGACCUGGACGUGGCGACUGCGCCAGGUAUUCCUCAUUAACAGCAACAGCAACCAGAUCGAGCUGAGCAACCAGGUACCGGGCGACCCGAUGGAUCAGGAAGCACUCUUCGUCAAGGUCAGGAACCGCCAGAGGGGCGCGUUUCUGUCCCGGAGGACCGACGCGACGAAGAAGCAGGUCACUCCCAAGAAGGGUCGGGAGAUCCGCAGCAUCCCACAAGAGUGGAAGGCGGCUUUCGACGCGAGCGACCUGGGGGAGUGGCGCAAGUGGGUCGAGUACGAUGCAGUGGACUGGCCGACUGAGGAGGAGCUCGCGGGGGUGGACAAGACGGCGGCGAGGGGCAACCUGUCGUGCGAGCAGCGCCCGCUCAAGGCGAAAUCCCGGAACCUCGUCCCAGGAUACAAGGACAAGCAGCUGCUCGCGGGCGAGUUGCAGGCCGACGCCCCCGCUCUUACGGACGCGGCCGUGGCGAUGAUCCUGCAGGAAGCUGCCAGCCAGUCGGGUUGGAGACUUGAGCAGGGCGACGUCGACUCGGCAUUUCUAAGCGGGAAGUGCCUCGACAGCUCUCGACGCGUGUACUUCCGCGUGCCGAAGGGCGGCCUGCCGGCUGUGCCAGAGAUGGGCUGGCCAGCCGUUCCAGAAGGGGCGGUGCUGAGAGCGAAGAAGGGGAUCUACGGGCUGAAUGAUGCACCUCCGUUGUGGUACGAGGAGCAUCGCGACGCCAUGCUGUCUCUCCCAAGAGCGUCGAGGUCGAAGUUGUGCCCAGCUCUCUUCAUCUUCCACGACGAGAAUGAUAUGUUGAUCGGCCUGAUCGGGACGCAAAUGGACGACGAUUUGGUAACGGGCUCGCCCGAGUUCUUCGCUAACCAGGUGACCAAGCUGAGGAAUAUGCACUGCUGCGGCAAGUGGCAGACGGCGAAGACUGGUUUCCAUCGCUGCGGGGGGUUCCUAAAGCAGAGUGGCGAUGGCACCAUCACCUGUAGCCAGAGGGAGGACACCGAGAGCAUCGAGGAUAUUCCGAUCUCAAACGAGCGUCGCAAGGACAAGGAAGCGAAGGCUACGCCCGAGGAGAGGGCGAUGCUCCACAGCGGCAACGGCCAGAUCCAGUGGCUGGUGCGAUCUACCCGUUCAGGACCUGCUGGGCUUCAAUUGGGCUUCAACAGCAACAAGCUGGUGAGCGACGCCAAGACGGAUCACGUGGACAUCAUCUUCCAGAAUAUCAACAUAGACGACGCGAUCGUGGUGGCGGUUGGAGACUCUAGCCAUGGCAACGUGGGCAAGACGAAGACCGCGAGUCAGGCGGGCCUGGUCAUCCUGCUCGCAGACAACAAGGACGAUCAGUUCCUCCGCGGGAGGCCGGCCAAGGUCACUCCCAUGUUGUGGCGAUCACACCGCAUCGAGCGGGUGGUGCGCAAUACCCUGGCAGCCGAGACGAUGGCGGGGCUGGAGGCGGUCGAGAGUGGGGACAUGCUGAGCCAGCACCUGGUGGAGCUGCACUACGGGCUAGGUUACCGGACCCACAUGGACGACGUGAAGGCGAUCAAGAUGGUGGAAGUCACGGACUGUAAGUCGCUCUACGACCUGCUCCAGAAGCGAGGGACGGUGCCCUCCGAGAAACGGCUGCUGAUCGAUAUCGAGUCGCUCAGGAGUGAUCUGGAGUUCAACAACGUGGUGAGCAAGUGGGUGAGCACGAAGCAGAUGCUCGCCGACUGCUUAACCAAGCACGACGUCAGCGCUGGCGACUACAUGAGGUACGUGCCCCACACCGGUGAGUGCCGGCUGACGGAGGAUCUCAUGGCGGACCAGAUCAUAGCCAAGCAGAGGGCUACACCUUUCUUCGAGGACUGCAUAGCGGAUGUAAGGUACAAUGCGCGUGUAGUUCAGCCUGCUCCGAAGCUCUACCUCCGUUGGCGGAUGAUGCUCGGGCAGCGCGAGGACGAUAUCUACUACGAGAAGCUCGAGGACAUGGUCGACUGGUCUGGCUUGGACCAGGUGACGAAGCGUCGGAGGAUCCCGACCCAGGUGCGGAACCUGCUGGCGAUCUAUGCACCGACGACGGCGGCCCUCGAGCGCUACGAGGAGGACUUCACCGAGAAGCGCACCACCAAGAAGCCGAAGGUGACGAACGAUGACGACCCCCAGAAGGAGCUAGGCGUCACUGAGGAGAUCAAGUCAGGCGCCGCUGCAGCUGCGACGGUGGCGGUGUGCGCUCUGUGCCGGGUGGCGCUGGACCUGUGCGAGUGCGGACCGAGGGCGCGCAAGAAGCCGCGCCGGGCGACCGGACAUGCAUCGCACGAGAAGAUCGCAGACGAGUUCGGCGACGUGAUAGAGGACGGCGUUCUAGAGGCGUACGAGCUGGUGGUCAAGAAUUGCGACGAGUGCCGUCGGGGAAAGAAGACCUACGCCUCCAUGCAGCGCGGAGCCAAAGGUCAGCUCAAGGGGAAGCAGAUUGCCAGAGACCGCAUAGGCGACUGCGAGCACAAUGUGACGACUACACAGGGUAGCAACCAGUACAAGGAUAAGCUAAGGUGUCUGCAUUGUGGCAUGCUGCUAGUGGACACGGACGCGACGUGGUGGAAGCAGGAGAAGGAGUAUCGCGAGAUCGAGAAGACCUUGCGUACCAGCAAGGGGAAGGAUAUCACAACCGAGAUGAAGGCCAUCCGCCUCCGUGACAUGUGCGAGAG